UCUGUUAAGGAGCAGCGGGUGGCCAGGAACAGCAUGUUUGUACAGUGUUAAUAGCAAUAAUUAUUAACACCUUAAUGAAGAUAGUGUGACAUAAUAAACCAUAAACGUAGUUAUACUACUAAAUUGUAAUCUUGUAUCGAUAUACGACAAAAUUAUGUAAAAAAAUGAGUAAGAUUCCACAGUAAUGUAAAAUCACAUAAUUUCGCGACAUAACACGUUUGACAGUUUAAAAGGAAAUAGAUUUGUCCGUUAGAUUUAUCAGUUUGCUCUAGUAAUUCUCAACAUGGAAGAAACUAAGAGAUUACACAUUGGAGGUCUUUUUCCUGGAGUCACUGAAGCGGAGUUGAAAGAACGCUUUUCCAAGUUCGGAACUGUUACAGAUGUUGCUGUAAAAAGUAGGAAAGAUAGUAAUGGUAGUCCUUUGAAGACAUUUGCUUAUGUAAGCUUAAAGACCAAUGAAGCAGACUUAAAAAAGUGUUUCAAUACUUACAGUAAAACAAAAUGGAAAGGGUCGGAAAUGAAAAUCCAGCUAGCCAAGGAAAACUUCAUUAACAGAUUAGAACAAGAGCGAAAACAACAGAUAGAGGGCACAGCUGUGGAAAACAAGGUCCAGAAGUCCACUAAGACAAAGGCUAUUGUUCAGGACCGACUUUCAGGAAUUCCUGGGGUAGAGAAAUUCCAGAUGAAAGGAGCGCCUCCUGGCACUGCCAUUCCUGGUGAACAGGACUGGAUUGUUGGAAAAUAUGGCAGGGUAUUGCCAGUUGUUAACGUUAAGAAAUCAGGCACUAAAAAGUUGCUGAAAGUGGACCCUUCCAAACUGACCCACAACCUUAAGAGGUUCACUGAAGACAUUUCAAUGGGUGAACUAAACGUGUCCAGCCUUACUUGGGAGAUGGAGGACACAGACUCAGAGAUAACAAAAAAGAGAAAAGGAGAAUUCCCUGAAGUACAAAGUAGAAAAAUUAAGAAUCUGGUAGAUAAAAGUGAAAUGGAAAAACGGAUCAAGGAAGUACUUGCUAACAGUGAGAGGCUGGAGAAAGAGAGGAAAAUGAAAGAAAACCAGUUAGAGGUGGUUCCAUUGACUGUGGGCUCCGUGGUUGAACAGAAAAUAGUUGAUUUUGCUGAUAGUGAUGUUGAAUUGGGUAAUGAAGUACCAGAACUGGCAAGAUUUGAUUCUGAUUCUGAAGUUGAUUCAAAUCAAAAUAAUUUCAGUAAAAUAUCAAAGCAAAAGUUGAUCAGCAUGCAAUCCAGUGCUGGAAAGAAAGGUUUAUCUAAAAACAAGCCUAUUGAAAAGUCAAAGAUUGCUUAUUUCCACAAUAAUGCAUCUGAAAAUGAACAGACAAUUAUUAAAUCUCCAAGUGCCAAUAACCAACUAUCCGAUAAAGGUUCUGCUACAUUUGUAAGCUUGGAAACACCACAGAUAAAUGUUAGAAUUGUUAAAGGUAAACAAAAGCUUAAAGCUUUUGGUGGCACAAAGGCACUUUACCAAAACACACAAAGCAAAAAAAUCUUUGACACAGUGACCAAAGAUUCAGUUGUAGAAGUGAUCAAGACUAUAAAGAAAGCUGAAGACAUGCACAUGAAGCAGGAAAGAAAAACACCUGACAAAAUGCCUAAAGGAAAAACACUGCUUAAUAUGCCUAAACAUAUGGAUGCAUCGAAAAAUAGUAUAGGUCUAAAUACAUCUAAAUCUGGUAAAAGUGAAAAUAAAAGCUCGACUGACACAGGUUCUAAAAAGAAAAAUCCAACCACAGGAAAUGCAGACAGCAACAAAAUGUUGAGAAAUCCAGAUGAAAACAGUGUAUCUUCUGGAGACACAGACGAUGUGAUUUUAAAAAAGAAACUCAAACUUGACAUUCACACAGACCAGAAGAUGCUGGCAAAAGGAAAGCAGGUUCAAAGCUGGUUGUCAGGGCAGCAUGUAGGGUAUGAAUUUUCUGCAGGGGAGGUGGCAGGUAGUGAUCAGGUCCAUAAAAGUGUGCAUGUAGGUAAUGAAAGGCCCUGGUCUAGAUAUAAGUAUGAGAGUGGUGAUGAAGAGGAUGAAAUUGAUGAUUUUGAGCAAUUUGCUAAAAUUGAGUUGAGAAAAAUUGAAAUGAAUAAGCAAAAGGACAAGAUGCCUUUCUCUUAUCAGGUACAGAAUACAAAAAUCGUUUUUAGAGAUUCUGAAAGGUUUGAAUCAUUGCAUCAUACACAUGAGAAAUCAUUACUGUCAGUACCAAAAAAUGUAAAUGAAAACCAUCAGAAGAAAGAGAAUAAAGCAUCAAUUGUUGGAAGCAGUGAUGAGGAUGAUAAUGAAGAUGAUACAGAUGAAGAGGAGGGCAGUAAAAGUGAGUCAACAGUAUCAAAUUAUGAUAGUAGUGAAGAUGAAUGUGAAAGUGGUUUCAAAAAUAUAAUUGCUGAGGAAAUGAAAAAAGUAAUUUCAGAAACCUGUAAGUCUAAUAAAAACUUGUCACAAACAAAAAUGUGUCAGCCGAUUGAGAGAAAUGUAUUAAGCAGUGCAAGUCCAUAUAAAAGAAAAGAAGAGGUUAAAACUGUGACUCAACAUGAAAUGAAAGUCUCUAAUGCCAACAAAAGCCUGAUUGAAGGUACAUGUAUUUCCAGCGAUGAUACUUCAUAUGAUGAUGACAGUGCAAUAUCUGAUACUAAAAUCGUUUUUGGAGACUCUGAAAGGUUUGAAUCAUUGCAGCAUACACAUGAGAAAUCAUUACUGCCAGUACCAACAAAUGUAAAUGAAAACCAUCAGAAGAAAAAGGAUAAAGCAUCAAUUGUUGGAAGCAGUGAUGAGGAUGAUAAUGAAGAUGAUACAGAUGAAGAGGAGGGCAGUAAAAGUGAGUCAACAGUAUCAAAUUAUGAUAGUAGUGAAGAUGAAUGUGAAAGUGGUUUCAAAAAUAUAAUUGCUGAGGAAAUGAAAAAAGUAAUUUCAGAAACCUGUAAGUCUAAUAAAAACUUGUCACAAACAAAAAUGUGUCAUCCGAUUGAGAGAAAUGUAUUAAGCAGUGCAAGUCCAUAUAAAAGAAAAGAAGAGGUUAAAACUAUGACUCAACAUGAAAUGAAAGUCUCUAAUGCCAACAAAAGCCUGAUUGAAGGUACAUGUUUUUCCAGCGAUGAUACUUCAUCUGAUGAUGACAGUGCAAUCUCUGAUACUGAAACAAAACCAGUCAAACAAGAUGACCUGCAAUUAACAGGGCUUACUAAUGACAUUUAUUCUAUGAAAACAAAAGAGAAUACUUCUCUUAGUUUAAAAGUUGUUAAGAAGAGUGGCAUUGUUUCAAGUGGUGAAAUAAGUGAUGAUCAUUCUGACAGUGAUGAAUCAAGUAAAGAAAAAGUGUUAUCUAAUAGCUCCUGUAAUGCAUUGGUAAUGAAAACUGUAGAUAAGUGUGAUAGUACCUCAAGUAGUAGUAUCAGCGAAGACAGUAAUGAACGGGAAAUGGAAAUAAAACAAACUUCCACCACAAACAACGCAGUUUUAAAAGCAAAACAGGCAAAAGAGGAGCAAAUUAAAAAUGUAAUGGAGACCAAGAAGGUGAUAUCUAAAACCCAAUCGAAGUCACAGAAGGUGGAAAGUAGUAAAGAUUCAGAUAAGAAGCGCUUAGAAGCCUUGAAGCAGAGGAAGAUAGAGGCCUUGGAUCAGAAGACUGCUAUCCAGAAAGCCCUAGCUUCCACUGAUAAAGGUGUCUUCACUAACAAGAAGAUUGUCUUUGAUUCUGAUGAUUCUGAAGAAGAAUUAACCACACGCACUGUUUCAAUGGAAACCAGUGACACACCUAUUAAGCCUGUCCCAGAUAAAAGUAGUCGCCUCUUUGAGAGUUCUUCUUCAGGUGAGGACAGCAACACCAGCACAGAUGAUGAUGAUGAUGAUGAUAUAGCCAGAUUUAACAUAAAGCAGCAGUUUGAAGGCUCUGCUGGGAGGAAGUUAGCUAGCCUGCAGUCUCAAUUUGGUAAUGAUGAAAGAUUCAAACUGGACGCAAGAUUUGCAGAGCCGGACUCAGAAAAUGAAGGAGCUGCUGCCAAUGACACAGGGGAUGUUGAGGGUGAGAGGGUGCGGUCCCUGCAGAUCUUGCAGUCCAUAGUGGGCGUGAAGAAUGUGAAGGCUGUUAGCAGGCAGGCCCGCCUCAAGGCCACAUUCAGGGACAUAGCAACACUGAAGUAUGAUCCGUCUAAGGAGGAACACAAGGGGUUUGAGAUGAAAAUGGAACCCAAGAAAGACAAGGCUGCUGACUCUCUGAAGUCACCAAACGAUGAGAGUGAAGCAAAGGAAAGCGCAGAAGCCCAGCCCUCUGAAGAACCCAUGCCUGAGGUAGGCAAGGAGAAGUUCUAUGAGAUCUCAGAGUCCCUGAAAGAGGCCUUUGCACCCAGGUCCCAGGAGAGGACAGGAAGUGCUGGGUUCUCCCUGCUGGCGGCCUUUGGGAGGGUGAAGGACUCGGAGGAUGAGGACAGCAACAAGGGGCACGACUUUGAAGGUAACGGGUUGUCUGUUGAGAUUCCCUCCAUUCUGAGGACUGACCAGCUCUCGCUGGAAAGCAGGUUUAAAGUAGACGAAGAGGACAGUGGGGAAGAGAAUGAGGAGGAAUACAUUGAUGAUGACGAGGAAACAUUGGUUGCUGCCCCUCAACCACGACCUACUGAUACUAAGUCUGUAGAGUCAAUGGAUGUUGAUCGAACUAAAGACGCCACCAAACCCAUCACUCCAUCAACAUUCUUCUUUGCUGCUGGCGAUCAACGUCUUAAAGACGGUGCCAUGUUUUACCGGAGGGAUGAUUUGGAUACUCUGAGAGAAAAAUGGCUUCAAAAAAGACCAACACUUGUUGAGAAUUACAAGUCCAAACAUAAGAACUUCAGAAGAAAACAUGCAGACCACAAGAAAAACAAACCACAGAUAUACAAGAAAAAGCGUUGAUUAUUUAAACUUACAUCUAUAUCAUCUAUUCAUCUUUGUACAUCCAUUUUACUACAUUAAGGUUUAUUUGAGAAUGAUUUAAUUUAAGUAUAGUCAACAUAUUUCUUUGAAAUAUCUUCAAUGGGCUUUAAGGUUGUACAUUUGGAAGACGUUUAGAUAAUAAUAUUGUUGAUGAACAUUAAAUGAAUUAUUUUACAAAUUAAAAUAAAAUUGUUAUGAAAGCGA